CAUUCCAAAAGCAUGGGCAAUGGCCGAGUGCACAUAGAGAGAAAAAGGAAAGAAAAUUAGAGCGAGAGGAAGAGGAGAGAAUGGAGGAAGGGAACAACAGCACCAACAAUCCGAUGGCGCAGCACCAGCAGCUCCUCCUCCAGCAGCACCAGCAGCAGCUCUUCCUCAUGCAGCAGCAGUUCCAACAACACCAUCAACACCAACUCCAGCAGCAGCAGCAGCAGCAGCAGCAGCAGCAGCAGCAGCUGCCACAAUCCCAUCCCAUCCAAGCCCAGCAGCAGCCAUCGAGCACGGCUCAGCAGCCAGCGCUCAGCCUCCAGCAACAACACCAUCUCCAGCAGCAGCAGCAGGCGAUCUCUCGGUUCCCCUCCAACAUCGACGCCCAUCUCCGCGCCCCCGGCCUCCGCUCCCUCCACUUCCGACCCCCGCCUAUCAAUUCCCUCUCGCAUCCUCAGCAGCCGCAGCAGCAGCAGCAGCAGCAGCAGCCGGCGUCUUUGAUUUCGAAUCUCCACCAUGGCCAGCCGCCUCAAUCCCAGCAGCAGCAGCAGCAGCCGCCGCCGCCGCAGCAGCAGCAAGCGAGGGCGGGGAUUGGGAUGGGGAUGGGGAUUGGGGGAAGGACGGCGGUGGCGAGCCCGGUAGAGGUGGAGAUGGCGCAGCAGGACGCCAUUAAGGUCUGCAACCCCGAUAUCAAGCGCCCGUUCGCCUCCAUCGAGGACGCCGUCCUCAGGCUAUUGCCAUAUCAUGUGGUGUCUGAUUAUGAGGCUGAAGAAGAUGACAGGAUUCUCGACAGCGACACCACUGGUCAGAUUCCUUCUCGGCUUCAGCAAUGGGACCACAACAUCCUUUCCAAGAUUGCAGAGUUCACCAGUACCUUCGAGAAACAAGUCCUUGCCUUCAACAUUAUGUCGAGGAAGAGAGCCCUUGGAGAAUUUAGGUCAGAGGAGAGACUCAUGAUAGAACAAGCUCUACUGCAAGAGGAGAAGCAAGCCUUGCUGGAGAUAAAAGCGGAGAUCGAGUCCAGAGAGAAGGCUGGCAGGGAAGCAGCAGUGGCUAAGAUGCGGUUGGCAAUGGUUCAAGCUGAGCAUGCUCGGGCAGAGGCUCAAGCCCAUGCUGAGAUGAUUGCUCGUGCUCCAAUGAAGGCAAGUGCUGCUGCAUCCCAAGGUGAUGAGGGUUCUGGCCAUGACACAGGUCAGGAACAGGGGGGGAACAUGGAAGAGAUUCACGGGUGGGGAAAUGCUCAAAGAGAUGAUGAAGAUCCAUCAGAAGAUUUUCUGAAUGAUGAGAAUGAGCCUGAGAAUGGGGAGACAGGGAUGCAGAAUGAAUGGCGAGAAGUUGGGGAAUUGGAUUUGAACACUAGGUGAUAUCACUAUGUUGAAGAUGGCUGCUGUUCUAUCCUAGAAAAUCCAAAGCCUUUCCUGUUUUCGUUGUUUGCUGAGAUGCAAGGUGAUCGGCACUUUCUUCAAGCUUAUCAUAAGCACAAAACCUGGGAUGUCAUGUAUUUGCUGUCUAUGACCUUGGAUUUGUCUAGUGAUGGUUUGUUACAUCGCCAAGGAAAAACCAACAGCUUUUUCAUGCCAACCGUAUGGUAGCAAACUAUCAGAAUGCAAAUGUGCAUCAAAAAAUGCUUUAAUUUGUUGCCUAUGAUGAGCAGCUAUUUUGAGCCCACUACCAAUUUCGGUUAGCAUGGCAGGUAAGACUGAGCAAGGUUACACCUUGUACAUCUCUUCAUAAUCAAAUUUAUCUGUUAUGAUGCAAACAGGUUACAUAUUUUCUUGGACAAUAUUGGCAGAAAAAAGGUGCACAAUAUCAUUGUGUUAUAUUAUUUUAGGAGUGCCUUAUCAUUUCUCUCUUAUAUCUUGCCCUGUUGAGCAUUUGUAUCAUCUUGGUUGGUAAGGACCUGCCGCAUCAGCCAUCAAGGCUGUUUCUGGCAGCUGGGAACAAGAAGGUUGCUUUUAUUA